AUGUCAGAACCCCGCGAACGUGAUACGGACAAAGACGAUGCGCAGGCGCGGGUCAUUGCAAGCCUCCGAGCACAGGUUACCGACCUCAUCACUCAAGUUUCCCAGCUAAAUCGGAAACUCGUCAAAUCAUACGAUCGCGUCUCUGACCUCGAUCGUGCUCAACAUCUCGCUGCCCUGAAUACCGGGCUUUAUGUUGAGAAGGCACACGUCACCUUUGAGCUUACCCGUCUCAUGGAACGUGCAACUGCGGAAGCUGCCGCUCGUGGCCAGGCAGAAUCCGCCCGACAAAAUAUCGAACAAGAACUCGAUGAUCUGAGUGCGAGUCUCUUUGACCAAGCGAAUACCAUGGUUGCGGAAGCACGCUUUGAACGCUCUAUGAGUGAGUGUAAGAUCAUGGAGGCGGAGAUGGCACUCAAGAGCGCGGAAGAAGCCGUUGCUGUUAUGCAAUCCCAGAUGCAAACUCUGCGCGAAGAGAAGGACCGGACUUCUGACGAGAUAUCGAGACUCAGGACCCUUAUGGAAAAGGGAAAGUUUGUUGAGCGUACGCCAAUCCUCGCGGCGACGUCUGUCAAACUUCUUUCCUUGCAUGCUCCUUAUCAGGAGUUUGUGCAAUUCAUUGUCCAUUUACGGUCUAUUCGGUAUUCGACUGUAAACCCUCCGCAUAUAUCAACGUUGUUGCCAUUACCUUUCCUUGCACGGAUACAAACGGAGGAUUCAGACCCGACUGUUCGACUACAUUUCGCGCCGUCGCUGAAUUAGCUCUCACGUCGCUCAGUGCUUUCCUCUAUCCACAGCGAGCAGCUCACCAUUGAACUUAUGUCCAUCAAUGGUUUUCUAACUGAGUCCACAUCGGGCAUACAAUCAAUGAUUGCUGACUCUCAAUCGCGCGUCUCUUGUGCAUUGUGUGGGAUGCACAUAUUUCCACCGAAGUCCGCUGACGGUGGAAAGCCACCCCACCGGCUCAUCCACUUUCUUCACUCUCCUUGACCCAAAACAUCUCUUCAAAUAUCUGGUCCUCAACGCUUUUCAAAAAUCCCUUGUCCAGCGCUGCUCCUUCCCCUCCAUUGACUCCGCCACGAUAUGCAUCUACUCCCUCCACCCCGACGCAUGCGAGCCCAAUGGCAGUUUAUGUCUUCCGCCUGUCGCAAACGCAAACUGCUCAGCAUACCCCCUCCAGCUAUGGCCAAUCUCAACACAGCCAGACACAGCGACCAACAAGUUAUCCGCUCUGUAAUCCCGGAUGGUGCUUGGCACGCCUUAGGACGACAUGCUCUCUGUGGGCAUUCAUCCGCGCUGGCGUUGUUGACCGUGUUUGGGAGGAAGAACCAGCACACCAUGCGCCUCUGUCGCUAUCUUCCGCUAGUGUCUAUUCUGUAAACAGCGUCGCCAACAAUUCCAGUACACCGACUUUGGCUGGACCCACUCCUCCGCAAAAGGAGGCUGCACCGCCUCUUCCUCCUCAUCGUCGAUCAAAGGUGACCAGUAGCGUGGGUGCGCUGUGGGGUAUGGCGAGCGGUGCUUUGCGAGGUUCUACUCCCAAUCAGAACCAGCCUUCUUCGCCUGCUCCGGACAACAAGGAGAAGGAAGAGUCUAUCGAUGCACUGAAGAAUGGUACAGGACAGACAAAGGCAACCCCGGGUGACGGUUCCGCCUCCUUUGCCACGUCGUAGUCUUGGGCGGCGCACGACGGUGAACGAGGACACGAGCAAUGAAAAGGCCGGAGAAGACACGGCCAAGAAGGAAGAAGAGAACAAUGAUAAUUCAUCCGAGGAGGCGAACAAAGGUCCUCUUACGCUAAAUGUAACGAAGUCCGACCCACCUAUAAACGGCCAGACACCGGGACCCCGCUCAAGGUCGAAGAGUCCUGGCCCUCGACCGACGCUAGGCACGAGUCAGCUAGCCCAUGCAAAUAGCCAGGCGUCCUCGAUUCC